GAUCCGGUUUACAGAAGGAAAUCAAGGGCGCGAAUGCGAGUGCUUGAAAAGACGUUAUACUCAAAUAACUAAAGUUGCCAUGAAAUGUAUCUGCGUUGGUCUUAUUUUUGCCCUGGUUUCUCACUUGGUUGAUGCUACAUUGUCAAAGACAGAUUUGAAAAAAGCUUCCUCAAAAACACUGGAGGAAAAGAUACGUCAUUCAAAUCAAACAGUACAGGAGCGUGGUUUAGUAGUUAUUGAUCCAAUGGCAAAGCAUAUUGUCCUUGAACACAAAAGCUAUUGUGCUACAAAAGGACGUGAACACUCCUUCAAGGGAGAAACUUUGGGCUACAUUACACCUUGGAAUAGCCAUGGCUAUGAUAUUGCUAAAACUUUUGGAAACAAAUUUACAACAAUUUCACCAGUCUGGCUGCAGGUGAAGAGAAGAGGAAAGGAGAAGUUCCAGGUGACAGGGCUCCAUGACGUUGACCAAGGUUGGAUGAAAGAAGUUAAGAGAAAUGCCAAGAACAUCAAAAUAGUCCCACGGAUUUUAUUUGAAGAUUGGUCUUAUCACGAUUUUGAAACCGUAUUUGGCAGUGAGGAUGAGAUAGAAGAACUUUCUAAUAUUAUGAUUCAAAUAGCCAAGAGUGAAAACUUCGAUGGCUUUAUGAUUGAAGUAUGGAAUCAGCUAGGAAAUCAAAAACAAACGGAUCUGAUUCACUUGCUCACUCACUUCUCUGAAGCUUUCCAUGAGGCACAACUAAAACUAAUGCUUGUCAUUCCUCCUGGUGUUAUGCCAGGAACCAGUGAGUUGGGAAUGUUUACCAAGAAAGAAUUUGAUCGGCUGGCCCCAGUGGUGGACAGUUUCAGCCUCAUGACAUACGAUUAUUCAUCACAAUUGGGGUCUGGCCCCAAUGCCCCAUUGCCUUGGGUGCAAGCUUGUAUUCAGAUGCUGGAUCCAGAAUCCAAAUGGAGAAAAAAAAUUCUUUUGGGGCUGAAUUUUUAUGGCAUGGAUUAUUCAAGUAAUGUAAGAGACCCCAUAGUUGGCAACAGGCAAGUGUUUAAAGUCUGA